UAAUCAAUUAGUUGAUUUAAUUGAAAAAUACUGUAUGUCAAGUUGUUUCUCAAUGCAGUCCUUCUCUUCGUCUAAACGCUUAAACACAUUGCAAGAAACUCAAUCAAUGACUUGAUCAAAGGACCCAUGGAUGUAAAAUAAAACGAAAGGACCAGAAAAGACUACAACGAAAAGGACUGUGGGAAACAAGUCAACCGCUACACCCGGGUGACGUCAUCCAUGUGUUCCAACCGUUACGUUUUCACGCCGCGCCAAUAUACGCUUGGCAGUUGAGACGUCAGGGAACAGCGAAAUGUCUUUUUCUUGUUUCUGUAACUUGACAAGCGCUUGCUGAACUACCGCUUUACGGCAACACUUAAACACCAACUAAUAGAACCAAAGGAAUCAAAGAGAAGACUACUGUGAUUUGCAGAUAUGGGGGGCCUAAUAUCCAGAUGGAGGAAAAAGCCAACCACAAUUGAGCUGCUGGAGAUCCAUGAAAAGGAGAUUAAAGAGCUUGAGGAGUUCAGAACAAAAAACCAACGUUUACAAAAGCUGUGGGUUGGCCGGUUGCUUCUCUACUCGUCAGUCCUGUAUCUGUUGACCUCUCUGGUCGUGUACUGUCUCUACCUACCUGAACAAUGGCUGCCGAGACUAGCCAUGACUCUGCCUUUCUUCAUAUACCCCGUGCUGGUAUGGCUCAUCAGAAAGUUGUUGAUCUUUCUCUUUUACAAACGCACUGAGAGAAACAAUGAUAAACUGGAAGAUUUAAAGGCUUCCAAAAAAAAGAUUCUGGAGGAAGUGAUGGAAACAGAGACAUACAAAAACGCCAAACUCAUCCUGGAACGCUUUGAUCCUGAAGCUAAAAAGAAAGCUGAGCUGGAGUCGACUCCGGUGCGUCCUCAGAUGACUCCUAGGCCAGGACAAGAGAUUCGACAGAGAGGUGUGUCAAUGAGACCCAUGCCGAUGAUGGGCACCCCUGCUGGAAUGGCAAUGACUCCUAUACCUGGAGCAGGGCCCCGAUAUGGACCAGGAGGCACACCUGUGGCUCCAGGAGGACCACCGGAGAGAUCUGCUCUGUCUGCCUCAGCCCUCCAUGGGGCGGUACCCAGGACCCCCUGCUCUCCAAUACCAGGAGUAGGUAUGCACCCACCAGGUCCCCCAUUAGCAAGACCCAUUCUGCCCAAAGACAGGGGAGCCGUGGACCGAGUCAUUGAAUACCUUGUUGGGGAUGGGCCACAGAACAGAUACGCUUUGAUCUGCCAACAGUGUUUUUCUCAUAAUGGCAUGGCUUUGAAAGAAGAGUUUGAAUAUCUAGCGUUCCGUUGUGCAUAUUGCUUCUUCCUGAAUCCAGCCAGGAAGACACGCCCUCAGGCUCCCAGGCUUCCAGAGUUCAGCUACGAGAGGAGGCUACGAGCAGAAUCACGUUCCCCUGGACCAACGCCGCGUUCUGGGACAGACACAGAGGAGAGUGCACCCCCUUCUGGAGCUAAGGCUCCGGCUCCGCGGAAUUUGGUCCACAGUUUCCGGAUCCAGCAGAGUCCUAAGAACCCUCAGAACAUACCUCUGCAGAGUCCAGAUGAGAAAGAGUUGGUAGAAGAUGAUGGACCCACUACAGAAGUAGAGAGUGAGAGCCUGUCAGUGGAGCAGCAGCUGCAGCAGGAGGAGGAGGAAGAAGAUGGGGUUCAGAAGGAGGAAGAGGUGGAAUCAGAGCAGAGUCACAGCGCCCCCUGUGAGACAGAGUCUCAGCCAUCGUAGUUACAGUGAGUCCAGAAGAGGGCCGGGGCUGUCGGAUCAUUCGGUCCUAACUAAAGCUGUUGGUAUGGGCCAUGAUAGAAAGGUGGCAUUUUUAAGCAAUAUAAGUGAACAAGGAUUGUCACCAACAAUAAUUUAACAAUAUUGUUUUCCUUGCAACCAAAAACUACAUCAAGCACACUUUUAUUUUUUGUCUAAAUGACUAAGACAAACCACAUAGAGAGGAUUAUGUAGGCGAUGUAGUAAAUGGUGUGUAUUCUUAAUGAAAAUCAUUAACUUUGGUCUGCAUUAUCUUGAUCAUAUGUAAUAAUACAAUUGUCCAACUUUAUUGCCUAAAAUGAUGCCAACAUAUCAUGGCCUUUUGAGUUUGAUUGACUGUGAAUGUGUCAGGUUGAUGAUUGUAGUUUAAAUCUUAAGGCUUGUGCUCGAUAGAGCAGUUGGCUGCUGAUAGGCUGUGUCUGUAUGUGGUGACUGACAUAGUUAACUUUUCAGUAUUCUAUCAUUAACCUUAUCCGGUUCUUUUAGGCAUGAUUUGUUAAUGAAAAGUUGUGAUUUUAGAUAGAACUGCUGGUUCACAAAUGGUUUGUCUUUAGGCGUAGCAGAAACCUAAACAUGCUAAAAUCUUAAUUCCUUCACUGACCCCAACCCCUCUCAGUGUCUAGGGUGCCUUUAUGAUUUGCUAAAUGUCCCUGUUUAUUACAGUAUGUUAUCUAUAGAUUUGUUUAUUGGUGAGAAAACAUGAAAUCAAACAAAGUGCAUCUUAAAACAAACCUGUUGUGAAUCAGGACAUCAUCAACAGUAUGAUAUUAAGUUUCAAGGUCCUGCUAUAGCUUUCUUCAUCUCCUGCUUUACAUCCCCCAAACAAGCUCUAAUACAUUUGGUUUGGAUACAUUUGCAAAACCCACAUUUUACCAAACACUGACACAUUUUUUCCUGCUGAAUCUUUAAGUUUUAUUUUAGAAUCUUUGAGCAGCUUGUCCCUGACAAGAAUUCAGAAAACACAGCUAAUGUUUUCCUCGUUAGCUGCACUCACAUCUGCAAGAAAAUUGAUGGCACUAACCAGAGAAUGCAGCUGCUGCAAGUCUAUACAUUGACUGUUGUUGACCAUUCAUGCCUUUUGUUUCUCCUUUGUUGGUGACAAAGUUACAUUUAAACAAACCUUGUGUCAGCAACUAAUUAUAUUAAAUGUCCCACUUAUUACUGGAGUUACCAAGAACAAUGUGUGCAGCGGCCGAUAACUGAACUCAAAUCAGCCAUCAGUGGUGCAGGAGAAAAUGUGUGUUUUGAGCAGAGGCGAAUCUUUGUAGACUAUUUUGAAUGUGUGGAAAAACAAUAUAACCCUGCUGCUUUAUUCGCUCUCCCAGGAUAGAAACAGCCAGACUCAUCAGGUCUCAAUUUACUAACCUAGAUUGAAUUGUAGUAUGGAAUAAGUAAACCUCUACAAUUUAUUCUAGUUGUUGGGGUUUAUGAAGGUCUUUGUUUGAAGUAGGGAGUUGCAACGCAGGAGAUCAUGGGGAUAACCACACAGAAAGGCCCUGUCCAUACUGGGGACCGAACCCAGUACUCAUCAGCGCCUACUUACUGAGAAGCAGCCGUGCUAACCACUGAGCCGCCACGUUGAUGAGUUAAACUAAAAAUGAAACCGAUUCUUGAUAAACUGAACGUUUGGAAAGUGAAACAAUUUAACCGACUGGAGCUAAAACUGCCAAUUUAUCUCUAUCUGGUUAUUGCCAAUCAAAGUUCCCAAUAUAAUUUGCCAAAUCACAGUUGUUCUGUAUUUCGAGACUUGAUUUGCACUGAGUUUCUCUUUGUAUUUAUUUGGCCAUAUUUAUGUACAAGUAUGGCUGCACUGUUAGGUUUUAAUCAUUUUGAGAUGUAGUCUUUAAUUGCAUUGGUACUGAAACAACCACUUAAAAGUAUUGCCCUGGUUUGCGUUCUGUAGCAUUUGUUGAAAUGUUUUGGUGUUUCUUCUUCUUUUUGCUUACUUUCAUUUUAAGUGUUUUAAAAGUUCACUCCCAGUAGGCACUCAUAGUGCGUGCCUUGGUUGCUACAGUUAUUUUCACCAGUUUACAGUCUAAUCUGUCCCAAGUCUAGCUACUGUAGCAACAUACACAGUAGGAGGUUCAUGGUUCAUUUGACCAGCACCUCAUGUUUUUGACAAUAACUUCUCAGUUCUUUAUGAAAUGGAACCAUAAGUAAUAGUGAGUGUCUAUGCAAAUAUAAAUAUGUGGUAUCACCUGUGUUGUACAGGUCUGGUCCUAGAAACACACACAGGCUAUGUGGACAAAGUAUUUUUGAGGGGUACACAGACAACGCAAUAUAUUCUAUUUAAUGUGUCUUUAGUUUUUGAUAUUCACACUAAUUUUGGGUGUGUUUCUAGUUGUUGACCUCUUCAAAACCUUGCAACACCCCAGAAUCCUUUGGCAGAAGUUGGCCUUAAAGGUUUGGUCUAGCCUUCUGAGUCUGUACAUGGCAGCAAACGAGCUGUUCGAAAAAUCUUUGUUGAAUAUUAAAGAGGGACCUCCACAACUUGACAUGAUUUUUGAUGGACUUAUUGUUAGCCGAAUGGUUCCAGUGUUAACAAACUCUUAAACCCCACUGUAUACCUGCUGGUGGUGAAAACGUGAUAAAAAUUCAAAUUAUGAAGCUGUCACGUCUAUUUAAUAUUUAAAAAACGUCUUGACUUGUGUAAUACCUGUUUGUACUUUGGUUUUUCUCUGCUAGAUUUAUCAGUCACCUUUCUGCCAACGCUCGUUGUCAUUAAGUAGGCGCACGGCACGCCUAAUAAAAGUUUUUCAACAACAAA